AUAUGAAACUAAGUUGUAUGAGUUAUACACUCACUUAUAUAAUUUUUAUAGUUAAUAGAUCUUCCCCUUACUAAGUGAAAGGAGUAUUUGUUUCUCCAUGGGGUGGGAACUCUUUGUACCAUACUGGUACUUUAAUAGAUGGUCUAAUUGAUAUCAACCCAAUUAAUUUACCAGGUCUACCACGUGUUCUAAAUUGGUUAGACAUUAUACCCAUUUGAAUUGCCUUCACUCCUGAGUCUCUGAGUGUCAGGUUCAAGCUGCUGACCGACGAGGUAUGUGCUAUAUUAUAGAGAUUUCUUUAAUGAUUGGCACUAAUGAACUACACCCCCUGUGGGUAGCACUUUGAGUAAUUUCUUUGAAUUAUUCGAUCAUAGAUCAGUGAUACCGUCCAUAAAGGAUGGGUUUCCCUAAUAAACAUAUCAUGUGGGUUCACUAUACUGAUGGUUAAUACAAUUAGUCCUGGGUUUUCCAAAUAUGAAUAAAUGGCUGGUUAUAAUCAGAUCAUUUAGUAGAGGAUCAUUGUAUAGUGGUAACAUUGGUGUUUGUUAUAGCCAAUUCUGUGGCUUUGUUCUGUAUCAUAUAUAGAAACCACACGGGUUAGUCAUGAGAUCUGUUCAUUAGUGAUCAGACAUUAAUGAUACCAGAAUUUUUAUAAUUAUGGGUGUCAAAAUAAGAUAGGGGUCUAUUUAUGAACUCGUAGGUGUUCUUAUAAUUAAUACCCAAUUAAUCAAUUUAUUAGGUUCCUUAUGCUUGCGAACCAGUUAGAUUCUAUACACAUAUGAAUCUUCCCCAUAUUCGAAUAUCUGAAUGUCAGACUCAAGCUGAUGAUAUAUGAGGUAUGUGCCGUUCCCUUGGAUUAAUCCCAAUCUCUGCCUAAUUGAACAAAAAGUGUCCUUUAAUUAAUAAAGGUUAUUAAACGUUUUUUUAAUUAGGUAUGGUCCUCGCUGUAUCAAUCAAGUCCCAUUGAAAUAUUGAAACGUUGUUCAUACAUCUUUGAAUGACCUUUUAUGUGCUGACAAUAUGUUCUGAAAUGAAGAGAGCACAGUUGGAUUCCGUGCAGCACGGAGCCUGUACACCGGUGACCAAAGAGAUCUCCCUAAGACGAAAAUUUAAAAAAUGGCUGAGAAGCAGAUCAGUUUACCCGGCAAACUCAUCAGUGGUGGAAUUGCCGGAAUCAUUGGAGUGACUUGUGUUUUUCCAAUUGACUUGACCAAAACACGGCUUCAAAACCAGAGGAACGGGCAACAAAUCUACAAAAACAUAUGGGACUGUUUGAGAAAGACUGUGCGGUCGGAGGGUUACUUUGGCAUGUAUAGAGGUGCUGCAGUAAACUUAACGCUUGUAACUCCGGAGAAGGCAAUUAAAUUAGCUGCUAAUGACUUCUUCAGACACAACUUGGCAAAAGAUGGCAAGAAACUGACCCUAUUACAAGAAAUGUUGGCAGGAUGUGGAGCUGGGACAUGUCAGGUUAUUAUAACCACCCCAAUGGAAAUGCUGAAGAUUCAGCUACAGGAUGCUGGGAGACUAGCAUCUUGUCAGAAGACUGCAGCAGGGAUACAAAGCCUCACGCAUGGAGCAAAGCAUUUAAAUACCAUUCCCCUAAUCACUAGGGCGUAUAACGUUGGGCCAGCACUGGUAGCUCCGAAAAUGUCCGCUAUGCAGAUAGCUUAUGGACUCCUUUGCACAGAAGGGGUUAAAGGACUUUACAAAGGAUUGGGGGCAACUUUACUGAGGGAUGUUCCAUUCUCCGUUAUCUACUUCCCAUUGUUUUCCAACCUCAACAAACUGGGGCAGUCUUCUCCAGAUGAGAGGGCUCCGUUCUUCCAUUCGUUCAUUGCAGGUUGCAUUGCUGGCUCUGCCGCAGCUGUGGCUGUCAAUCCCUGUGAUGUAAUAAAGACACGUCUUCAAUCACUGCACAAAGGCGCAAAUGAAGAGACUUACAGUGGAAUUAUAGAUUGUGCCAGGAAAAUUUGGAUAAAAGAGGGCCCGUCUGCAUUUCUGAAGGGAUCAGGAUGUCGAGCAUUAGUCAUUGCUCCACUUUUUGGCAUAGCCCAAGUUGUGUACUUCCUUGGUGUGGGAGAAACCAUUCUCGAGUUUGCCCAGUUGAACCGUUUAACAGCUGGAUAGGUGAAGCAUUCCACAGAACUACACUGCACGGAAAAUGGGCGACCACAAAUUGUGUUUUCACUUUGUUUUGAACUUGGUUUUUUAUGAACUAGGAGGUGUAUCUUAACACUGAUUUGAAUAAGGGUGUAAAGGGUUUCAGUUCCCUUCUAUUUUCAGCACUUUCAUCCAUACGUUGAUGCAGAAAAAUAGCACUUGUUUGUUGCAGUGUCAGGACAUACACAUAAUUUAAUGAGGGAGUUGUACGUUUUCUAAUCAUUCCCUGUUUUAUUUAGGAAUCAGGGUCAUUCAUGUAUGUUGAUAGAAGAUAUCCGUUGUAGUGGUGGAUAAUGAGUCUCCACCCCCACCCGUAACCCCCUUCCCCCCCCACCUGUAAAUGUUAUUAGCAAGAUAUCGAUAGACUUGCUGGAAUGGUCUCACUUUGGAUAUUUUUGCUAUUCUUGCAAAAUGAAAGCUUCGGUAUGUUACAGGACUUGUUUGGGUGAAUUUUCACACUGAACAUAGGUUUGCAGUCAGGGAGAGAAUGUUAUAAGGGUCAUAGGGGCCAAUUCUAUUUUUAGUAUUAAAUAUUUGAUUGUUAUAACUUCUGGUGCCAAAACUUGAAUAGUCUUCUGUGCAGCUAUAGUAAAAGUAUUAUGGUUAAGAUCGGACAUAUUUGUAUGUGUCGGGCGUAUCCUCUGCUCCCUUUACUUGAACACAGAAUCGUUGUUACAUGCUAGUGGAAGUUCUUUCCUAUGGGUGGGACUCGAUAGGUCCUGCAUUCCUAACUUUGGUUAAACAUUCAUAGUCAAAGCACUCUAUUUAAAAGCUCUAAGGAGUGAGUUUACUAAGCUGCAUUUAGCAAAGCAGUCGCAACUCUGACACUUUUGGCUACUAGAUUUAAAUCCAGCGACUGAAGCCACUUAUUCACAGCAGUUUAACUAAAUUGAAGAUGUUUACUCACAGUAGGGUUACUAAAAGAGUAGCUGGGGGGUUGUAUACUUGAAUAUCAGUGUGUGGUUUUUGUUUUUUUAUUUUUGCUUUGGCUUUUCAAAGGUGUUGUGUUUUUGUUUUGUUUUUUAUCAGUCUAUUCUGUUCAUUUAUAAACAUACUAUUUGUGCACACCAAGCUUUCAAACUGCAAGGCUAUCAAGGGAACAGCCUUAAGUCUCAAGCACCUUAUUGCAGAGGCACUUCAGUGCUGCCCAUGUAAACAAAUGAAUUGGUGUACAGUAAAUACAAUGUGUUGAGACCCAAAUUGGGGUUUAUGACUUGGUGAACCUAUUGAUUCCACACAGUAGGUAAUUCUGGUCAGUGUAUUUAACAUGGUCUGUUAUUGGCUAGGAACAAAUCUAAAAAAAACUGCUGACCUUGCCAAGAAGUGCUGAAAAGUUAUACCGAACGCCGUGGUUUGCUAUUUACAGAUUCCUGAUCUUGUGUGCAUAUGUUUGUGUGUGGUAUUCUGGUUACUAUAGGGCAAUAUACAGUCUCUAGAGAAACUGUGUGCUUUUGUGAAUGUCGUAAGAUUUAUUUUUUUCUUCAUGUGUAUAUAUGGCUUUUAAAGCAAUAAUCCCACAGGGUUUUGGUUUUUUUGAUUGCAGGAUAAGUACCCUUUUAAGUGUGCAUAUUAUCUUGUUUUCAUUCCCAUUCUGGAGGGCAAUAAAAUAUGGCUGCCACAAGGUGACUGCUCACAGCAUGUCAUGUGAUUGCAGAUGGAGGUGGGGGCAAUAAGAUGCUUUCCCAGUGUACAAAGCAGAUACAAAACAUACUGUUUGGCUGACAGUCGCCCUAUGGCUUAUGCUCUCAGCAUGUCAUGCGAAGGCAGAGGGGGUGGGAGGGAUGCUCAGAGGGGUGGUACAAAACCUCUUUGCUCUCCCAUGUAUACAGAAUAAAAAAUUAAGAAUAGCCUGAAAAACAACACACCAAGGAGAAGUGUUAAAUACCAAGAUUAUGGUUAUCGGUUUGGGAUUAGUGCUUUAAAAGAUCAAGAAAUCAGUGGACAAGACAAGGAAACCACUAGCACAUAUGAGGGAUAAAAAUAAAAUGUUCUUUUCACAAA